AUGGAUUCAAAAAUGGACGUCGACGUAGGCAAGCCUGCGCAGCCGCACGGCUUAUCUGCCGUCACAGAUUCUCAGUCAAUACCGACCCUAGAUGGCUGGAUAGAGAGCUUGAUGGAUUGUAAACAAUUAGCAGAGAGUGAUGUGUCGAGACUUUGCGAUAGAGCUAGAGAAGUACUUCAGGAGGAGUCAAAUGUACAGCCAGUGAAAUGUCCCGUCACGGUCUGCGGCGAUAUUCACGGCCAGUUCCAUGAUCUCAUGGAAUUGUUUCGCAUUGGAGGACCCAACCCAGACACCAACUACCUCUUUAUGGGAGACUACGUAGACCGCGGCUAUUACUCCGUCGAAACAGUCACCCUGCUCGUCGCCCUCAAGAUCCGAUACCCUUCUCGCAUCACCAUCCUCCGCGGCAACCACGAAAGCCGUCAGAUCACACAGGUCUAUGGGUUCUACGACGAAUGCUUGAGAAAGUAUGGCAACGCCAACGUGUGGAAAUAUUUCACCGACCUCUUCGACUACCUCCCCCUCACCGCUCUCAUUGACAACCAGAUCUUCUGCCUGCACGGUGGACUGUCUCCCAGCAUUGACACACUUGACAACAUCCGAUCUCUUGACAGAAUCCAGGAGGUGCCCCACGAAGGGCCUAUGUGUGAUCUCCUCUGGAGUGAUCCUGACGACAGAUGCGGGUGGGGCAUCAGCCCAAGGGGUGCAGGAUACACCUUUGGCCAAGACAUCUCGGAAGCGUUCAAUCACAACAACGGCCUCACGCUGGUGGCUAGAGCACAUCAGCUGGUCAUGGAGGGGUACAACUGGAGCCAGGACCGAAACGUGGUAACAAUCUUCAGCGCUCCAAAUUACUGCUACCGAUGCGGUAACCAAGCUGCAAUCAUGGAGAUUGAUGAGCACCUCAAGUAUACCUUCUUGCAAUUCGAUCCUUGUCCUCGAGCUGGCGAGCCGAUGGUCAGUCGCAGAACCCCCGACUACUUCCUGUAA